ACAUGGUACCGAAGGAAGUUGGUGUGAAAGAAAUGCCGCUUGGUAGGUUGACCUCUACGUGUGAUGAUGGUGGACCUGUCCGCUCAUCGUAUUUCCAGGGUGGAGCCGAUGUCACUGAGGUUAACUCGACAGACAAAGGUCACCAUGGAUCCCAGUCUCAUGCAGGAGUUUGUCAUGGGACAAAGUACUUAGUGUCAGGUCACAAUCAAGAUCACAAGAAGGUCAGUGCAUCUCCAGAUGGACAAACAGUUGAUACACAGAAGUCUCCUUGCAGACCGGGCCCAACUGGGUACCCUAUGGACGACUUCAAGCGUCUUCUGACCGGUGCAGAGAGCGAGGGGGUGACCACAGUGGAGGAGUGGUUCAAGAUCUACAGACAGGCCAACAGUAAACUGAUGAACACGUACAACCACCAAGCAUAUCCUGAGGAGAAAGGUUCACACGGUACAUAUUUGGAGUCCAGUCAUGGCAUGAAGCACCCUGUCAAACAGUCACCCUGUACAAACUCUCAUUCUGAACAGAAAACUCAACAGUCUACCACUUCCGGUGUCGGCCGUAAUACAGAUCAAAGAACUUCAGCAUCUACUUAUUCAGAUGUCAGACAUGACAUUGGUGACAGAACGUCAGAGUCUGCCUAUUCAAACCUCACCCAUGGUGCUGGUGAAAGAAUGACACAGUCUGCCUACUCAGACAGGACUGACAACCAGAACACUGGUGAAAGAAUGACUCAGUCCGUCUAUCAAAAUCUUGGCCACGACAAAGAAGAUCAGAGAACUUCGGCAUCCACUUACUCGGACGUUGGCCACAUCACUGGUCAAAGAAUGGCAGAAUCUGUUUUUUCGAAUGUCGGUCAUCACUCUGGUGAAAAAACGCAACAGUCUGUUUAUUCAAACUUCAGCCACGACAGUUGUCAGGGCAUGAUACAGCCUGCCUCUUCAUGUUCAAGUCCACCGACGAUGAAUUCGGAUUCACCUACUGUUCAGCACACGAAACUGCUCAAUGUGUCACAGGUGUUGCACAAGGGAGAUAACUCCCAUCGAGAGGAGUCGGUUCCAGCCUGCUGGGUGUGCCGCGAGACGUUUCACAAAUUGUCCGAGCUGAUCCGGCACGUGAAGACGCACGAGGACGGGCAGGCCCACCAGUGUCACGUGUGCGGGCGGACGUUUACCCGCGGCGACAGUCUUAUCAGACACUCGCGUAUCCACACCGGUGUCAAACCGUACACGUGCACGCUGUGUGGACGGAGCUUCACCAUGAGUGGCAGUCUGAAGUCGCACGUGCUUGUGCAUACCAAGGAGAGGCGGUUUAAGUGCGACGUCUGCCUAAAGUGUUUCUCCCGUUCCGACACCCUGUCACGACACGCGCAGACACACGUCACCGAGACCUCUCUUACGUGCGACGUCUGCAAGAAACGGUUCCGCAACGCCAACGUGUUGCGGUGUCACGUACAGCGUCACAUGGAAGAUGAGAGAAAGCUGACGUGUGUCGAUUGUGACAAGGUGUUCUCGCGACCUGACUCACUGACACGACACAAGCAGAGUCAUUGUAUCAAGAAGACUGAUUUAAAACGUAACUCGAUGACUCUCAUAACACAAGCAGAGUCGUUGUGUCAAGAAGAUAGAUUUAAAACAUGACUCGAUGACUCAUGACACAAGCAGUCAUUGUGUCAAGAAGAAUAUGUGUCAGUCAUUGUGUCAAGAAGAUAGAUUUAAAACAUGACUCGAUGAUUUGUGACACAAGCAGUCAUUGUGUCAAGAAGAUAGAUUUAAAACAUGACUCGAUGACUUGUGACACAAGCAGUCGUUGUGUCAAGAAGACCCAUUUAAAACAUAACUUGCAUGACAAAAGCAGGUCAAGUGUAGAGAAGAUUGAAAACAUGACUCAUCAACUCAGUAACUUGUGUCAUGUAUAUUCUUGGUAACAGAUUAAAAACAUGACCUAUUGACUUGCAUGACAUAUAUAUUCAUUGCGCCAAGAAAACCGUAUUGACUUUUCUUACACACCAUGCUAUUUUUGAUAACGUGUGUUAACAAUUUCAAGACAUACGACUGGCUGCUCCUAGGUGAUGACCAGGUCGCCAAUGCCAUAUGUCCAAUAAAAAACAGCACAGUGGAAAUCAAUUACACUGUAUAUUAUAGUUAACCUGGCCAUCAUGUGUCUGUGACACAUAAGUCAGCUACAAGUGCAAUGGGAUUUAAAUAUCUUAGCCGAUAAA